ACAAAAAGGAAUUGAGUGAAACAUUUCAAAACUAAAAAUUUGUUGGUGGAGUGUGUAGAACAUAACUUCGAUGUAAAUUUUCAAUUGAAUUAAACAAUUCUUUUACUGUCAGAAAAUUUUGUAGAAACCGCACAUUUGUUGAAUAAAUGUUAUAAUUACAUUUGAAAAAUUUCGUAAUAUUAAUUAAUAAUUCGAUAGGGCAUAGAGGAAGCGUUAAUGGUCACUAAUAAAUGAAACCGAACGCAGAAGUGAAUUAGGAAGUAAAAGAGCAAAAAUUACAAGCCAGCUAUAAAACAAAGGUUAUGGCUCCAGUGAAAAAUAUAUCCACGGUUCAGGUCACAAAGGAAACAGAAAUGCAAAAAAGUAAACAAACAUUAAUGCAACAACAACUACACAAAAGAUCACAUAGAUCUACACAAAGACACCGCAUUAACUCGGGCGUGAAUGGUAGUGGCGGAACAGCAGGAACAUCUCCAGAUUUCUGUGUACGGUGGCAGGAUUACGCAGUAACAAGCAAUCGACCGACAAGUCGUGGUGCAACUGUGAAAACGCAUAAAGCAACAGCAGCCACUAGCGGUGAAACUGAAUCAGCACUUCCAAAAGGAAGCAAUCGAAAUUGUAAUAUUAGUAAUAAUAAUAAUAAUACAAGUACUGCCGCAGCGGAUGUGCAGAGAAAAAGACAACAUAGUCCAGAGAAACAAACGGCACGUAUAAACGGACAUAUAACUGGUAAUCAUUGCGACAUAAGCAAAAUUGAAGCAGAGCAAAAUACAAAACCACCACCGGCAUUACAUACUACAGCGUUAGUACCAAAGUCAUCAGAACGUGUUUUAAGAGAAGCUAGUAACUCAAAAGAAACUAACUCGGCACAAAUACAAAAAAUUGUACAGGAACCACAUACGAUUUUAAAAGCAAGACAAAAUUCAAUUGUAAAAUUAACCAAAGCGAGUAAGACUCCGUUGUUGCCGGUUAGACUAUUGAAUUUGGGCCCCAGCAUAAGUGCAACACAAACACAAACAACUGCUGCUUUGUCAACAGCUAUUGCAAGAGCGUUGCCUGCGACAAAUCCCACACAAACUCCUUUUGGAAGUGAAGGCGUUAAUGUUGAGUCAAUAUUACUACAACGUUUACAAUUGAUUAAGCAUUUUUUGAACGUGACUGCGCCGACAAUUACUUGCCUCAAUCAGCGUUUAACAAAUCAGAACGAAGAUAUAACACCAAAAGCAAGCGUAGCCAAUUUAACUGAACAACAAAAUUUACCUAAGACGUUAAUGGUAUUUGAAAAUAAAAGCGAAAGUAUGGAUCGUGAAGUUGUAGUGAACUCAGCAAGUCUGGAGGAUGUCGCUCUGAGUGAGUUGAGCGAUAAUCGUGCGCAAUCUAUUCAAUCGUUGCACAGCGUUGAAACCCCUACACCCGAUACUUCACCCAGUUUCGAUGAAUUGCAACAACGUUUGGAGACUUCGAAUCGCAACAUACAAAAUAUGCAAGAGCAACAGCAACAACUCUUGCGUUUGCAAAAUGCCGCCAAACAGCAUUUGAGUGAAAUGGAACAUUUGCGUCAACAAGCGGGUACUUUAAGUUUUGGUUCUAACCAACUAAACGGUACGUCAAAUGCUGAUGGCACACCCGAAUAUGAGUCCAUCGAUCAAGUGCAUUCAGACAUGGCAACAUUAGUUGGGCGCAUGAAGAAUCUCACGACAUUCAUACAAAAUCAGAAUGAGUUAAGCAAUAUUCUGGGUGAUGACGGACCAGAAAUCCUAGCCGAACAGGAGGCGCUGCAACGUAAACUGGAAUCCUUACGUGCGCAACGUGAUGAUAUGCGUUCAUUGGUGAGUGAAUUGCAGGAUAUUAAUCGUAAUGCCGAACGUAGAUGCGCUAUGGGUACGAGGGAAGCUGAAGACGAAGCGACUGUUAGCGAGAAACCGGUGGUGAAUAAAAUAUCACAAGAGCGCGAAGUAGCAACAACUUCCAAUGGUGCGCGUAUUGUGCCGGUCACUUAUACGCGUAAUGUGCCCAUAAAACUUGCGAAUGGUGGCGCAACUGAAGCAGCUGGAAAUGCGCACAACGCUAAUGAGGAUGAUGAUGAUGAGGAUGGCGAUGCGGAAGAAAAGGCGGCCACUGCCAUGCUUAUACAACAGAAAGUUGCCGACAUAGAAACGAUGCGCAAGCAAUUGCAACGCCUGAAGGACAUGAUGGAGACUGUGAAUGUAAUAGAGGCGCGCACAUCGCGUGAUGUUAGUGAUAUUGGUCGUACACCACCACGUGAACUACGUUCACAAUCACGUUCGACCGGCUCAUCGUUUGAUCGCGAUUGUACACCUGUCUCCGUUAUACCAACACAUGCUGCUGGUAGUGCUGCUGACGUUGGCGAUGAUGUAUAUCUUACACGGAAAAUGCGUAUGAUUAAUGAUGUAACCGCCGAUUUACGUGCGCAGGCAGAAAGUUUGCAGGCCGAACGCGAUCGUAUAAAGGCCUUGAAAGCAGAAAUCGUUAUGCGUAAACAACAAGCUGCUGACGCGGCAAAACUUGGUGAAGAUGCAUUGAAGCGCAGCAGUUUAACACCAACACCCACACCACGCAGUCGUAAGCAACGUGAAAUUGACACGCCCACACCACCGCCUGCAACAAAUACCGAAAGCGAUCAACUCAAGAAAGAAUAUGAGGCAAAGAAAAAAGAAUUCGAAAUUUUGUGUCAACGUCUACAGCAAGACGAAACUAGUGCGGCUACUAUUGCGCCAGCUGGCAUUAAAGAACCGCGCCGCCGCGAUACUGUCUCCGAAGCCGAUGAUGAGGCAGAUGCCGAUGAAGAGCUCAAUGAUUCGGAUUUCCCCACUUCGAAUACGACUUCAACAGGACGUCAGUAUUUUACGGCACCACAACAACAAUCGACGCCUGCACAACAACAUCGCGCUGCAGCAAAAGCUGCUGUAACUGCGCAUACCUUGGCUGCUGGUGUGGCAACGGGAAAAGUUAAUGGACACUGUCAUCAAAGUCAAGGUCAACGUGUAUCGGCCGGCACGCUAGGAAAGGAAGAAAGCUUUGAUACGAAUUUAACAUCAUCCACGGCAGGUGAGCGGCGCCACUCUACACUAGCCAAUGCCAACAGCACCAUGCAGGAUGGCGGUUCUCUGGAAGCUGGCAGCGUACAAUCGGGUAGUUCGCAAUUCUCUAUGCCACCACCAAUGCCGGCUAUGGGCGCUUGCAGCAGUUGGCCACCACUACCGCCAAUGCCUAACACUUGGAAUCCACAAUUGUACUAUGGUUUCGGCGCACCACCACAUCCAUUGGCAGCAACGCAACCGAACUCGGCAACAACACCUGUUGGUUUGCUGCCACAAUCUGCCGUGAACAGCGAAUGUAUUUGUAGUGCGGCAAAUAGUGCUGCUAAUGCGCCCCUUGUUGCCGGACCAACGCCAACAACAAGUUCCACAAAUACGGCUGCACAAUUGGCCGCCGAUCCGGUAUUGUUACAGCAAUUCGUGCAAACCCAACAAAUGCUCAUCAAUUCUGUAUGCCAAUGCAAUCAGAUGUUGUGGCAUCAGCAACGUGAAAUCGAUGCUUUGAAUAACACAAUACAUGUGUUACAAGAACGUCUACUUGCAUUAACCGGCAAUGUCAACGCUAUACCACUCACUGAUUUGCCCUACUCUUUGCGUGCCGAAUCGGUGCCACCGCCCGGCAUAACAACCGGCACAUUGCCAAACAAUCUCUACUUGAGCAGCUCAAAUCGUGCGCAAUCCGAGCAACCAACGCUCUUCAUGCCCGGCCUGACUACGACUACACGUAACAGUGCAUUCUCCAAUUAUCAACGUCUCCAGCAACAACAAUAUCAACAACGUGGACACAUCGCAACAGCUUUUAGCAGUGAAACACAACACAGCAACCUAGCGGCAGCAAGCAGUACCAACGCCGCACUUUAUAACACCUUAAAUAAUGCCACACCACAACCACCCAAUCAGGGGGCAUCAGCACAUUACAACAAUGAAGUGCCGCAAUCGCCACCAUUACAGGGUAAUGCCGCCGGACCAGGCCCGAUUUUUAUGCAUCAUCAUAAUAAUGCCAUACACCAGAACAAUGCUAAUUUGCGUACACAAAAUCACUAUGCUAACAAUUUGCAUCAACAGCAGCAUCUGCAACAGCAACAGCAACAACAGCACGGUCAUAGUAACGUCAAUAUUGGCGGUGGUAAUACGCUUAAUAAUCAAGUGCCACCGGGUAAUCGCGCCAACAAUUAUUGGGACAAUUUUCGAAGCUAUUCGCGCCAGAAUUUACUUUCGACUAAUUCGAAUAAGAGCAACGAGGAGCAGCAGCAACAAAACCAACAACAACACCAACAUCAACUAUAUCUACAACAACGCGUUAUCGAACAAACUGAGACCGGUGCUGCUCCCGCGCAAUAUCGUGCCCAACUGCCGCCCCCACACCGCUCGGUAACAACAUUGCCUGCUGCGCUGACAACCAGUAACUUGCAGCAGUUACAGCGGCAACAACAGCAACGCGAAGAAGCUGCGCAGCAACGACAACAACAACGCGCAACACAAACUCAACAAACACAGAUGUAUCGCUCCGUCGACGGUAACAACAGCAAUAGUUGCAACAAUUUGAAUUUCGAACGCAAUGCGAAUGAUAAUAAGUAUACGCGCACGCUGCAGCGCUCACAUAUCAAUCGCUAUCAGCAGCAGCAACAACAACAAAAUGUCGGACUUACAAAUUCAUUGUACACCAAUCACAACAACUUAUACCAAUCAUCGUGGUUACCGCCUGCCGGCGCUGCUGCGGCUGGCACCAAUUGCGGCGAAGUUAAUACCGAUGCCGACAAUGUGGAUAUUGAUGUUUACGAUACGUACAAUAUCAUUGACAGCGAUUUGGCCGCACCCUAUGCACACUUGAGCAGCAACAUGGGUUCGAAUUCCAGCAACAUGUUGCGCAACAUGAACGUCAACUUCGGCAAUAGUCCGCAUUAUCAGCGCAAUAAGUUGUUGACCAAGCCGAAUUGUCGCGGCGCCGAAGCUAUGGAUCAACACAAUCCGAAUAGAAUGCAGCAAGAGCAGCAAGAGCAGCAGCAGCAACAACAACACCAACGUAUGUUGUCACAGCAACAGUUGGUACUACGCUCACAACAACAGCUCGAUCCGUCCACACCGCCCACUUUACGCAACAUGGCGGAUUUCACACAAGCGCGCCAUCUAGAUUUGUUGCCAGCCUCGGUUAGCGAAGCGGUGGCCACAGCGGAGGCACAGCUACGCAAUCGCGAACGCGUCGAUUUAUUACUACGUACAGUGACCGCUGAUGAUAACGACGCCAUCAAUGUUUUGCCCACAACAGUGCGUGGCAAUACAACAACCAACUAUAACUCGCCCUACAUGCCAAACACGAAUGGUUUGCAGUUACUGGACGCCAAUGAGAUCGUUAAUCAUACGCCGAAUAUAAAUAAUGAAAAUGCUGAACGUGAGGUGGAUACAGAAGGCGAAGCCGGUGGCGAUUUGAAUGUGGACAUGGAUGUGUUGAACGACGAGGAGGACGACGAUACCACAUCAGAAGAGAUUAAACGGAAUCUACUCGUGAAUGCUUUAAAGAAUGAUAAAUUCACAACCAAAUUCUAUGAAUCCAUAAAAGAAGAUGUUUUCCGGCGUCUAGAACGCAUGCUGUUGGAGAAGGAGUCAGCUGAGAGUAAUUGUGAGCGCAGUGGUGAACAAGUUUGUCAGGGUUUGGCCGCCGCAAAUACUACCAGCGCUGCAGACGAGCAUGAAGGUGCCAAUGAUUUAUUGGGCGCAUCUGGAUUACCACGCGACCCAACACGCAAAUUCAAUUUGAAUGCGCGCAUGGGCAAUCAACAGCAGCAACAGCGUUUGCAACAGUAUAAUCAACAACAAAAUACAUUAACAUUAUCAGGCGCUGCACGUGCGCCACCAACAAACUCGUAUGCGAUCAAACAAGAAUCCAAUGAUGAUGACCUUGCCGCGGAGGAUGAUCAACAUGCCUUCCCAGCAGCCGACGUAGUUAACGCCUAUGUGAACAACCAACGGCAAGCAGCUGCUUUGCAAGAGAACGCGGAAGAGGACGAGUAUGGUGCAAAUAAUGCCGACACAGAGAGCAACAAAGCGGACAAUGAGGAUGCGGCAGCAGCAGCGUUAGUGGAGGCAGUAGUGGACGUCAAUAACAUAGGUCACAUGCCAACACAAGAAUCGCAAAUACAGCAAGCAAGGGAAAGCGAACAACCGGAGGAGGAUGAUAUGCGCUACCACAAUAGCAACAAUGUAAUUAAUAAUAUCGCAGUAAGUGAUGCUGCCAUGCUUAGUCAGGCACAACAACGUAAAGUGUCGGGAAACAACGGUCGUACCGUUGAUAAUGCAGUGCCCACUUGGCGGCAAAAUGUGUUUAGUCAAGCGGAAACAAAUAUUAAUAACAAAUCGACAACAACAAACAGCAAUAAACCCAAAAAUCGUGCGGAUGCCCUGAAUAACAGUGGCGCUGGCGGCGAUGCGGAAGCAAUGCCGGCCUCUCUCGUCGGCAGCAACAUGCGUCCCACAUAUAGCACCGAUCUGAUCACAUACAUAAUUACACGCAUACACAAUCAAACGCAUGUGAACACGCAAAUUAACGACACUGUGCUGGUGGAGAUCGCCAAGUUGACCGCAUGCGCAGUACAAAAGUUCGCACCGACGCUUGUGCAUUAUAAAACACACUCCACAUCUUCGCCACACAUUUCGCCCAAGAAGUUCUACAUGCGAAUUAAGAAGCUCUGCGCACCACGUCAACGUGACGAGUUCUUGCAAUGGUAUCGCAAUUAUUUGGAAAGUCUGUUUCCCGGCGCACGUGCUGAAGACGAGUGGCGACAAGGCGAUGACUUAAGCUUAAGCGGCACUUCUGAGGCAUCAAGCGCCAGUCUAGAAUUGCCACGCCUACGCAACAAAAUGGCAAAUCAGCAGCAGGUGCGACUACAACAGCAACAGCAACAGAGAGCCAACAGCAAUAAAGAGAAUAACGACGAAGACUUGGCGGAAGCUGAUCAAAAUUCGGCAAAUAGUAGCAAUAAUACCAGCAACAUGCUGUUUGAUAGCACAUUCGCGGAACGUGGUCUGGCGACUAACGCAUUAAUGCACGACAAUGAGUUGGAAAACAAUGAGAAUCCGGAUGAUAAUGUUGGUAAACUUGAAAAUGGCGGUGUGAAAGGCACCAUUUCCGAGCAGUGUGACGAUGUUGGUGCUGGUGCAUACUGUUUGGUGCCACUAUCAGCAGCUGCCAUCGCUGCCGCCACAGUGACAGAAGAGGCUAUAAAUACGGCGUUGCAACAGCAAGAUGCGCAACCGCAUUAUGCCGCAAACGGCGCUGAGGGCGGCGGUGGAGAAACGACGGAAACAGAUUUCACUCCACACAAUACCUACACCUAGUUAGCUGUAUACGUUUAUAUGACGCUGCAGGUGGUCACCACCCUACUAAUCCUUGCCACAAUGCUUUCAACGUCUACGCUGUUGUCGGCAGCGCUGCUAUUUGUAUAUGAAUACUUGUGACUGAAUUUGUUGCUCAAACAGUAUUGAAUAUCUUGAAUGUCUUUCAAAAAUGGAAAAGAAAA